AAGUAUUAUAAUAUAAUUUAUACUUUCGUCUGCCGUUAAGAGAAACAUGUCUUCCGCACAAGAAGUACUAGAUGAUACAGUAGGUACUACAUCCAAAUCAUCUGAGCCCACAUCUGAWCUAUCUAUAGAAGAAAUAACCGCUGAGAUGAGCUUAUUAACCGAAGAUGAAUUAAAAAUAAAAGUGAAUGAAAUGCUCAAGCAGACAUCUUUUAAUUUUGAAAAUUUCAAGGAACUCGGUGAGAUUAUUAGAUAUGUACCAUCGUGGUUACUGCAAAAUGAUUACGAACAGGAAUUUGACCCUAAAGUUAUUCUAAAUUAUAUGGCUGCAAAAAAUUCCGAUAAAAAUGUUAUGGAUAAAGAUAUAAGGAUGUUAGUUAAGUUAGCUAUUGAAAGAGGAAACGAUUUGGAAAAAAUCGUUUUAAAAUCAUCACCAGAAAUUAAACACGAAUUCGAAAAAMUUAUAGUAAAAUAUGAAUUAGUCUCAAAUGCUAAAAAUUCAAAAUCUGCUGUGACUUUAUCCAGAAUUUGUGAGAGCGUUCCAAUUUUAACAUGCUUGUACCUUAAAAAUGAAGCUGAAAAUCCUAUUGUAUCUUUUGAAUUGAUGGACACUAUUUGUAAGAACUAUCCUAGAGUGAUGAUGUCGUCUGCUUUUUCUUAUUUGAUACCAAACAAAGAGGACGAAUUUUGCACAUUUUUAAAAAAAGCCCACUUGCUUCAUCAAUACCAGUUUUUCGCCAAAAUUUCGCAAGUCAGUCAUCCGAAUUUCUCAGUUGAUAUUGAAAAUGAAUUCAUCACCAAGGUUUACGUGAGUACUCAAGCAGCUAUUAAUGGAUCACAUAUGGAGUACGAAGAUCAAAUUAAGUUUUUAAAAGAAAAUGAUCUAAUUGUGGAAAUUGAAAAUGAAAUAACUGUUACCGAAGUAGUUCUAGAAGCAGUCAAGUUGUGGGACGAUAAAGAAAGACAACACGAAUUGGACCAAAAAAUUUCCGGUUAUGAACUUGAAGAUUAUCCGAUGAGUUAUUUUAGAUAAUA